AUGUGGCUCUUGGAGAAAGCCGGCUAUAGGGUGGGGACGGCAGAGGCCGGGGCGCAGCAGCACGCGCACUCCAGCCUGGUCCCCAAGCGCCGGGCCCCGGGCUCGCCUUCGCGCUGCAACCCUAACGUCCUCACCCCCGACCGCAUCCCGCAGUUCUUCAUUCCGCCCCGGCUCCGGGACCCCAGCGGCACCGAGGCCAGGGUGGACCGCAACCUGGGCGGCCGGCACCUCCCGGUCGCCUGCUCGCUGCCGCACCUGGCGGGCCGCGAGGGCUGGGCCUUCCUGCCCGAGAGCCCGCACACGCGCCGCCGCGAGUCCCUGUUCCACGCGCCCCGUGGCCUGGCGGCGGCGGGCCUAGCGCCGGCGCAGUCGCGGCUGCACGUCUCAGCCCCGGACCUCCGCCUCUGCCGGGCCCCGGACAGCGACACGGCCUCGUCGCCCGACUCGUCUCCCUGCGGCUCCCCUCGCACGCCCCGGCCGCACUCCUUGUCCCCCGACGAGGCCAGCUCGGCGGACACCAGUCCGUACGCGCCCCGCCGCGCGCCGCCGCUCUUCCACCUGGACUUCCUCUGCUGCCAGCUGCGGCCGACCAAGGACAGCGUGCUACGCCUGGGGCCCCGCGGCGGGCAGCUGCGCCUGUCCACCGAGUACCAGGCGGCGCCCGGGCGGCUGCGGCUGCGCCUGGUGAGCGCCGAAGGGCUGCCUCGGCCGCGGGCCCGCCCCGGGAGCGGCGGCGGCGGCUGCUGCGUGGUGUUGCGGCUGCAGCCACGCGUUAGGCCGCGAGCUCAACGCAGCCGCGUGGUGCAGGGCAGCUCGAACCCCAUCUUCAAUGAAGACUUCUUCUUCGAAGGGCUGGGCCUGCGGGACCUGGCCGCCCACAGUCUGAGGGCCAAAGUGCUGGAGAGGGGCGCGGGGCUGCGCAGGGACGUGCUACUGGGGGAGUGUGAGACGCCCCUCAUCGCCCUGCUGCCCCCCCUGGCUGGGGGUCUAGGAUCAGGGUCCUCCCUGGCAUCUGCACAUCUCAGUCUGUAG